UGUCGUGUUCAGCAGCGCAGAGGGCCACAGCGACACCGAUCUUGCCGCCAUCGCAACCGCCGAUCUCGCCGCAGCCAUCACCGCAACCGCAGCUGCAUCCGCCGAAGCGCAUCAACAUCAAAAAUGGCCACACGAAUGUUCUCCCUGAGGCAGCUGUCGGCCCUGAACACAGCACGCUCGCUGGCCCUUGGCUCGGUCCGGCACUCGUCAUUCGGCCCUGGCUCUUCACAUUCGCUUCUGCGAUCGUCUCAGCCAACGCUCUCUGGACUGCGGCGUGGACUCGACGAGUUCUUUGACUCGCCCAAUGGAUGGAGCUGGGACAACUCCAAGUUUCCGACAGGCCGCUCGUGGACAUCGGACGAAUUGCGCGCAAAGUCGUUCGAAGACCUCCACCAGCUCUGGUGGUUGUGUGCCAAGGAGCAAAACAAGCUGCAUUCCCAGCAAGAAGAGUGUCGACGUUUCCGCCUCGUUGAUCCCAGCAAAGAUCGCCUGAAGGAGGUCAAGCGAACGAUGGCCCGCAUCAAGCAGGUACUCUGGGAGCGCAAGCAGACCUGGGAGCAGGCCAAGCAUAUUCUGCAGUACGAGCUGGCGGCGGACGAGCUGAGGAAGGAGGGCAAGUCCGAGCUCGAGAUCAACAAAGCCCUGGAGAGAAGCUACCCGUCGAUUGCGCCUUUUGGCUCGGACGAAGCCUAUGCCGAGAAACUGGCAUCAGAGUCCCGCGGCCGAAAGCGGCGCGGAAACAAGACAUCGUGGUUCAUUGUGUGAUCUGGAUGGUACGGCCCUGGGGCGCAUGAAUACAACAUGGUUGCCGUCGCUGCGACGGCCUGUUCUGUUGCUGCGCGA